AUAUACACGACUUCCACGAUCUGUUCGUCUAUCUGAUCAUUCGUUUUCUAACACCAGAGAGAGAUUCUUUAAGCACAAAAGAGAGAAAAAAGAUCUAAUGUUUUCUCCACAUGAUGGAACACUCUGUUCUAAAAAGAGGGAUCAUAUGAAAGUUUUUGGAGAAUCGUUUCAUGGUUCUUUCAAAAGGAGCAAACAAGGAGAUCAAAAACAAACCAAAUUUGAGAAGAACACUACUACUCUGUUCUUUCAAAGAUCAAAGUCAGAUAGCGCCAUGUUGAUAAAGCCUGAUGUUCAGCUUCACCUAGAGGCUAAGACCCAAUCAGAGACAUUUGAAGAUCAUAGGACAGACCUGGACCUUAAUUUGAACCUUUAUUCGUCAUCAAGUUCCUCUGUCAAAAAAACAAUCAUGGAGAAAGAUGAAUGUUCCAAAGGCGGAACUGUGAUCAUCAGCCCAAGUAAGAAGGUGAGAUCAGGUGAUAUAGGGCUAAGUCGAUCCCCGUCUUGGCUAGCGUUUGAAGGUGAUGAUGAUGAUAAUCAGAAGAAGCAAGAGAUGAUAACAACAGUGUGCAUGAAGUGUCACAUGCUGGUUAUGCUCUGCAAAUCUACUCUUGUCUGUCCUAACUGCAAAUUCAUGCACCAUGAUGAUCAUAGCUCCACUAAACAGUUUCAGACUUUAAAUUUGUUUAAGCUCUUAUGCUAGACUUUUCAGUGUAUGUUAAUGAGCCCAAGAAUGUGAAACUAGAUAUGUAUGAGUUAUGUAUAUAUACAAGUACUGAUUGUUUUAUUAUAUGCUUUGUAUAUGAAUAACUUUGAUCUGC